AUGUUUCCAAGAGCCCAUUUUGAGUUUGCGGUGGAGAACCAACGCUACCCCAAGCAGACAUACAAACGAGCGGCCUGGCAUACCUUCACUAGUCAGGCAAAAGACUGGGGCUUCAUCCAAUUCAUGACCUUGAGCGAGGCAGUCUAUCACAUGCCGACUCUGGAGACUGAUAAGCCUGAAUGCAGCUUGCCACUUGCCCUUCAGAGCUUGUUCUUCAAGCUCCAGCGCAGCCCCACAAGCGUGUCAACGAAGGCGUUGACAAAAUCGUUUGGCUGGAGCACAUAUGAGACAUCCAUGCAGCGCGAUGUUCAAGAGAUUGGGACCAUGCUGUUUGAGAAGCUGGAAGAGAAAAUGAGGGGUACCAAAGUUGAGGAGGCGAUACAGUACCUUUUUGUUGGGCGCUAUUCCAGCCACAUUACCUGCAUUGACGUGGAUUUCAAGUCCACCAUGCAACAAUCGUUCAUGACGAUUCAGCUGGAGGUUAAGGGAUGCAACGACAUCUAUGCGUCACUGGAUAAGUUCUGUAAGGAAGAGAGGUUAGAUGGUCAGAACAAAUACCAGGCUGAAGGCCACGGUCUCGUAGAUGCUAGGAAACAUGUCAAAUUUGAUUGCUUUCCGCCGGUGCUCCAGCUGCACCUGAAGCGGUCCGACUAUGACUUUCAACGGGACAUGCAGAUCAAGAUAAAUGAUCACUACGAGUUUUACCCUACCCUGGACUUGGACGUCGAAAACAGAAGAUACUUGACAGAGCACUCUGAUCGGAGCGUGCGUAACCUGUACAAGCUGCACAGUGUGCUUGCGCACAGCGGUGGGCCCCAUGGAGGCCAUUACUUUGCGUACAUUCGGCCUGCUGACAGAUGGUACAAGUUUGAUGAUGAGACAGUUCGCGAAGAGACUGAGAAGGGGGCGAUACAGGACCAGUUUGGUGGUGAUGACGAGACUGAGCAGCCAGAACUGACUACCCACAGCACAGCAUGCCAAAUGCAUGCCAAACAGUCCACCGCCUACAUGCUGGUGUACAUAAGACAGUCUGAAUGGGACGCCAUUUGCUGUUCCUGCAGAAAGGAAGAAAUUGCGGAAACCGUUCGGGCUCGCUUUGAGGCUGAACGGCUGGAGAAGAUCAGGAUGCAAAGCGAGAAGGAGAAGGCCCCCUUGUAUGUUAUGAUCAAGGUGGCUUGUGACAGGGACUUCCAGAAGCAGAUCGGGAGCAUGCAAUACUUUGGCUUGGUCAAUUUCGAUCAGGUCAAGGGCUACAGGAUACACAAAAGGACGACGUUUAAAGCAUUUCGACAGAAGGUCGCUGAAGACUUUGGUGUGGAGCCGAGGCCGCAAUGCUUCUGGGUGUGGAAGCGGCGGGCCAACGGUACCUUGCGCCCCCACUCGCGGCUUCCCUUUGACGGCAAACUCGACGAUGUCCUGGACCUCAGAGAGUACACAGACAGCGCAUACUCGCCCAGCCUUGGAAAGAAUGCUAUCAUGACCAUUAAGUUGUAUCUUGAGAUGCCGGAGACCCCAACUAGACCUCUGUUUGGCAUCCCCCUGGACUCUGUGCUGCUAUUUUUCAAGCUGUACGACCCGCGCAAGAGGCAGCUAUCCUACGCCACUCACAUGCACGUGCGGAAAUCAGAAUCCUUUGCCAGCAUCUUCCAGACGGUGGGCAAGUUGGUGGAUUUCCCUGAGGGAACUGAGAUCUUAGCGUGUGAGGAAAUUAGGUUCAACCCAUCUGUGCCUUCCAGGUAUCUUCCUGCAGACUUCACUCCGGAAAUGAGCCAGCUCGUGUGCGGCGACAUCAUAUGCGUGCAAAAGAGGCUAUCAGACGUGGAAUUCAGUGAGCUUAAGCAUCCAACUGUGCGGAGCUUUCUUGAGCACAUCCAGAACAUUAAACCAGGCGAUUUCAGCCACUGGUCAUCUCCAAGGCAUCGAGCUGUGGUCAAGAGUCAGUAG